AUGCUCGCUUUUUUCGCCCAGCUCCUUGGCCGACGAUCGCCUCGUCGUGAUUCACAACCCCUCCAGCCGUCGGAUCCCAAGUUACCUACGGAACUUCUUCUGAAGAUAUUCGAUUUCCUGGACAUUGAUGCUUUGAUAUCGGCGAGUCAGGUUUGUCGCGCAUGGAAGGGGAUGGCGACAGCCCCUGAGUUGGUAUCCCCUUUCCUGCGACAACUGAUUCCCAAAGCCGACUUGCUUGGGUUGGAGCAGGGGAAUGCCUUGAUGCAGAUGCUCAAGACGCAGCGGAGAGCACAGAUAAAUCGCGCUGAAGGAAGAUUCAGUGUCCUCGAGUUGCCGAUGGAGAUGGGAACCAACAUAGAGACCAAGCUCUGGAUUACACAUGAUAAUCGCUACGUGGUGUCGCUGGCAGACAUGCGCGGCGAUGAUCAGAAGAUAUUCACUGCUUAUCACAUCGAGACUAAGGAAGUUGUAUUCACGAAAACGCUUAUUGGCGAGCAUACGGGCCUCAUUCUACCCAAGACGAACAUCUUUGUUGGGCACAACCGCCUCGCCCGGGACUUCGACUAUGUCGAGAGAUUGGUUUACAUUGAUAUAGACAAACGGGAAUUUUUCCACGAGCCAAUCCUGUUGAAACCUACCAUCUGGCAUUGGAAGCUGGUUCUCAAUGACCACGGUGCUGCUGUGGCCGUUGGCGACCCUGAGCGGUAUCCGGCCUGGCGCACCGCCGAAUCAGCAGACGGGGCGGUGCGGUUUGGAUAUCAAGUCGGCUGCAAGCCUCACCCAACUCCAAUGCAUGUGUCGGGAGCCCCGGACAUCAAGCACGAGGGGCAGAGUUUCUUCGGAUUGGCUGCUUCGGCGACGGAUAACCGCUAUUUGGUGGCUGCUGGUUACUCCGUGGCGCUGUUAAUAGAUUUCGAUCCGCGGAAGGAUGGCGAGGUGUCCGAAAAGGGCGUAUACGCGACUGAGUUCAAGGCUAAUGAGUGCUGCAAUCGCCACUGGUACGCUGGUCGUCCGUCUUGGGAGUGUUGA